AUGCUGGCCGCCGGGGCUAAAGAAGGUCUUAGCUCAGCUGGCAGGACCCGGCUUCAAGCCAAUGCAGGGAGGCACGAACUAGGAACUGUGGGAAGAAUAGAGGGCUGGAAAUUCCUGUUCAGAUGCUUGGAUAAGGCACAUUCCCAUUCCACUGUGAUCUGGAAGAUUUGGCUGACUGUCCUGUUUGUCUUCAGGAUUCUGCUGCUGGGAGCUGUAGGAGAGAAGGUCUGGGGUGAUGAGCAGGCCUUCUUCACCUGCGACACUCAACAUACUGGAUGUCAGACUGCGUGUUAUGAUAAGGCCUUCCCGAUCUCGCUCAUUCACUUCUGGGUUUUUCAGCUCAUUCUUGUGUCCACCCCGACCCUAGUGUACCUGGGACACGUCUUGCAUGUUAUCCACAAGGAAGAGAAGCUGAGGCAACGCAAGCUGAAAGAAGAACAAGAUGAGUCUGACAAUCUGCUACAGAAGAAAACCAGUAAAUUACCAAAAUACACAGAUACGAAGGGGAAAGUCAAAAUCAGACGGAGUUUGCUGAGUGCUUAUAUGGCACAUAUUAUUGCUAAGAUAUUGCUUGAAGUGACUUUCAUUGUGGUCCAGUAUUACCUCUACGGGUUCAUGCUGUAUUUAAGGUUUUCAUGUGCUAGAUCCCCCUGCCCACAUCGAGUAGAAUGUUUCUUGUCACGCCCCACUGAGAAAACCAUUUUUAGUCUGUUUAUGCUUGUAGUUGCAGUUGUGUCUUUGAUCCUAAACCUUAUUGAAAUCCUGUAUGUUUGUGGUAAACAAAUCUGUAACUGCACACGGAAGAAGAGUAAAAACUGCACGACUAGUCCAACUGUUCCACUUACAGAUGUGGACAAUUUCAGGAAUGAGGAUCAUGAAUUGUAGAAAUUGAACUUAGAGGCUGAACUGCAUGGGAGGAAACUUGGGAAUGGUUACACUAAAAGCACUGAUGCAGAGGAGGAGAGUACUUUGAUUAAAGAACUGGGGUCAGCCCUGCAAAACGAGGGCAGCUCUCCCUGUGUUCAGCUCAGCUCUGUACCUUGGAAAAUCUAGAAAGACACUAACAUUUAUGACAGUAGAAAAUAUAGUAGUGCUAGUGGCUAUAUUACCCAUUUCUAAAUAUACUCCUGUCAGUUUUAUUCUAUGCCAUAUACAUGUAUUUACUGGUAUUAUUGCAACAUCAGUAAGAUGUACAGUAAAAGUGUAACUUGUGCUUGUAAUGCUGUUUGUGGCUC